AUGAGCGAUGGAAAUAGAACCAAAACAGCCCUUCUUCAGCGGCGUUUGGAUUUGGUCGAGCGAGAGCUGCGACUUGAAAUCGAGAAUUUGCGAGCAGAAGUUGCCCGGUCAUCUCAUAACAGCAAUACAGGAUUUUCCCCGACGGUGCUCUCGCAGCGUGACCCAGCUGCCCUUCCAGUUGCGGAAACGGACACCUCGUCUUCUAACAUUGAUUCCCCCAUUACCACCACUGAGAGUGAAUGGGAUGAGCUAUACGAGUUCUUUCACACUAAUUGCAGAACGGUCGUUGCUGUUAUAGAUGACCAGUUGUAUUCGCCGGGCGAAACUGUCAAAAAUCACCCAUUCAUGUCAGCUGUCAUAUGCGCAAUUGCAUCAAGGGCCGUGAGACCCGCAAAAUAUCAGGAAUACGUUGCCGCAGUUGACAAAUUAAUUAUGCACACAUUUCAAGGACCAGUUCCCGACCUACUUGCAUUGCAGGCCAUGAUAGUCUUCGUAACGUGGACCGGUCGCACGCGCCUAAUAGGCUAUAUUGUAUCAGUGGCCACUGAGCUAAAGUUACAUGAGGCGGCUAUCCUUAUCGGAGAUCAGGAGACCGAGUAUACCCCGGAUCUUGUUGGGCGUGCGAGGACCUGGUUUACCUUAUGUUGUUUAGACUUGCAAACGAACAUCAGCCGGCCCUUCGUUAUUAACAACAUGAGGGAUUAUUUACCUUAUGCAAAGUACAUCGCCAUGUCUCCACAUCAUCGCCCCGUAGACGACAGAAUCCGUGCCUAUAUUAAAGGUUUCACCAUAACUGAGGUUGUUGAUCUGUUCACUUCCUCCGAUGGAUUGGUUGAUCAGUGGUUCCAUGAAAUCAACAACAACAUACAUCCACUCUAUCAAACGUUCCCAGAAAGGCAGGAUAGGAACCGACUUUUAAUGCCAUUUGCCUUCAUGAAGCUGUAUAUCAACGGUCUAGCAUUGCAGGGUGUGGGGUCGGCGGAAGACCUGAGCUCGGAUCCAGCCCGAAUAGAAUUUAUUCGGCGAGCCUUGGAUAGCGCAAGUCUAAUCAUCCAGACUCAGUACGAGUCUCAUGAGUUUAGGCGAUCAUUUCAUUACACAAUGGACUACUUUUGCACACCAACAUACUACGCCAUAAGCUUCAUUUUCAAAGCGCUUCCUUUGGCUUACAAUUUUGUUGACUCCCAGCGGCUUCUGGCCAGAGUACGACAAGCAGCCCAGAUGUUUCAGCAAGGAGGAUCUCUAGACGCGGCAAAUGAACUACGACAAAGUGUGGAUCGAAUAGGAGCUUUAACUCAAACAGUUCUUAGUCCCGAGUCACUUGAAACCCCCGGAGUGGAAAUUCCUCUUAAUGUUCUGUUUGAUAUUCCGAGCUUCAUCGACGAGAUGGCGUGGGAUGAUGAUUUCCCCACAUUGGGUAUGUUUCCUUCCGUAUGA